UGUGUCAUCGAGAUGGCCGCCUAGUAAGACUUAGGGACCAUGUGUCAAGCACUUUGCAGCUCACAUGGUCAGUGUCAACAAGAGAUUGGCCUGGACUACUCAGAAAACAACCAGUUCUGAUGGACUUUUACAGCGUUUACGUCUUCCAGCUAAGAAGCCAACAAGAAAAUGAAUGCAGAUACUAAAAGAUGGACUUUGGUAAUGUCUGCAGAGUGACGGCUGGAAGGAAAUGUCGAAAUGUGUGUGUAAGAGGAGCCGAAAGGGGGAAGAUGCAAAGGAGGAACUAGAGCAAGGGCACUGUACUGUAAUGUGAUAUUCAGAAAGUCAGCUAUCUAAUCUUGCCUGCAAAUUCCUUCCCCCUCUCUGCAUGACAGAAGGCAGUUUACUGUGCUGUAGCUGGAGGCAGUGUCUGUGAAGUUGGAGAGCAAGCAAGGAGUCAGCCAGAAUACCAGCGUGAUCCACUCCACAGCUUCAGUGCAACCCAAGCUUCUGCUUACUAUUGUACAGCCAAAAAAAAAAAAAAAAAGUGAGGCUUUAUGUGGGAAGCCCUGAGUAGGGAACUGAUUUACAUUACCCAAGCUAGCAGUCAGGCAGAGCUCCUUGUCAGCAGACACUACUUUGGGGUUGGUUCACAUGCCAGUCACGUCCACCCUUUGGAACAGUGAACAGCAACACCGGGGCUUCAUCAAGUGAUGAGAGCAGACGUCAAACUGCCCUAUGAAUAUUGAUGUGGAGGCUAGUCUGCUUUCGUAGAGGAGCAGAAGGAAGCAAGAUGGCUGCCCUUUAGGAUUUGUUAGAAAGGAGACCAGACUGUGUUUGCUGGAUUUCUGCAAGGCAGAGGGACAUUUAAGAGACGUGUUUGCAGGGCAGCCUUGUGGAUGGCCCCGGAGCAGGCCCGAUGGAAGAAGAAAGAAGCCACCAUGAUGAGGGAAGUACAUUGAGUCAAUUACUAAUAAAUCCAUCACCUGCUUGCCAAAACAAUCCAGCAAAAUUACAAAAUGGGAGCCUGCCAACUGAAAUAUCCAAACCCCAAGUCAAUGGAGACAGCUGUUUACAGACCAAGAACAGCUAUGGUGUCACACACAUGAAGGGAAACCAGGACAGCUCUGACCUAGUACAUGAAAACAGAGUAUAUCCGAAUUUACAUAAUGGUGCAAUAAAGCGCACGCUUAGUGAACCUUUGCUGGCAGAGUAUUUUCAGCAGAAAAAAGUCAAAGGCGUUGGAGAAGUGAAUGGAGAAAAUGAGGGAGAAAUAAAUGGACAACACAUCCAACCAGAAGUUUCAGAAUUUUGUAGCAAAGACAAAGCUGUGAGAACAGAAGAAGAUGAAAAUGAACAUGCUCAGGUUCCCAAUGAGCAGAACAAAGACCUUAAUUCCCCAAACAAUGACAAUGCUUUGUAUCAGAAAGAUGAGACAAUUCCAUUGUCCAAUGGUGCUACUGUUUAUGCCUCUUCCUUGAAGUUGACACAUGAGGAAUUAUUGGAGAAAACAUGUUCUCAAUAUUACCCUGAAAAGGUUUCUCUGGCAGUGCAGAAUAACACACCUCACACUGUUGCCAUUAACACUCUAAAUGAUGCUAGCAAUGAUGUGUCUCCCCAGACAAAUCAUUCACCACAUACCUCAGGGCAGAUUACUUCCCAACUAUCCUUGAACUUGGUGCUGUCUCAAGGGCCAGGUGCUAUGACUGCUGAGGCUCCCAAUGGUGACAAGUGCAGUGAGCCAGCCAUGAAACCAGGAAGCUUUUCACUUCACAUACCAGAACAGAAACCACUUCCACAAGAGGCACCAAAUUAUAAUUCCCAAAAUAUAAAUGAAAGAAAUUGUGAAGCACAUGAUACUGGGCGCCCAGUGUGCUCAGAACAAGUUGCUGUUUCUACAAAUCCAUCGUACCAUGGCAUCACUAAUCAACCUAAUGACAGCUUUUCUGAGGAUUUCAAUAGAGAUCAUUUUACCUUAAUGCAGUUGAAUAAGUUACUGUUUGCCCAAGAAACUGACAGCUACAAAACCUCCCAAAACCUAUGUAGUGAUAAUUUAUUACACUCACAAAAUAAUGAAUCAUGUCAACCAUUUGAUCCAAGAAUGAUCUCUCAGGCAGCUCUUUUGCAGUCUCAGAACAGUAAGACAUUACCCACUCUCGGGCUGCCUUCUCUACACUGCUCAUCAGGAACAGAUCCACCCCAAGAACACAAUGGGCAGACAAAUUGUACAGUUAACAACUAUCCAGAAAAGCUAAAAGAGCAAAAUUCACAAAAAGGGAGUGAUCAACGCAAUGGGAUGGAAGGAGAUGCUAUGGAUAUGAUGGAGCAAAGAAGACCGUUUCUUAAAUCAAACUUCAAAGAUUUUCGAAGAAAUCAUUGUCUGAAGGAGGAAAAUUCUCAGUCUUCAGAGGAUUUACUAAGAUUACUUAUGUUUUCACAGUCACAAAGUCAAAAGAAGCUUAAGCAAUAUACAAGAAAACAGGGCAACAUGAAUCGGGGACAAGCUAGUCAGGACAUAGGGGAAGGAGUAUCACCACUUCAACCUCAUAGGCAGCAGCUAAAUUUCCAAAAGCACUUAUCCCAAGGAGCAGGCACAGAUACACAACUGCAGUCCUAUGAACAGAAAAACAGCUCUAUGCUUUUCCAGCCCUCUCAUUCAGAGCAGCAAACUGAGCAAACAUUUGACCAUACUUUAAAACGGCACUUAAACCUACAAACAUCUGAAGGCGAACAAUUUCCACAUAACAUAAUACACCCGUUAUACCAACAGGUUUUGCAUUCAAAGCAGUCUGAAAGUUCACAGUUUCAUCCAAACCCACACUUUCAGAGACAAAAUCAAAAUUUUAACAUGGUCAAAGAGCAGUUACCACACUUUCACUCUCAAUCGCUCUACAGCAACACUCCACCCAGGGCAAGUCCACAGAAUCACAUAAAAAUGGAGGAAAGCUCUCAAGCAGCCAAUCAGUACCAGAAUAUGCAUCAGUAUCAUCUCUCCACUCAAGAUAUCGAGGGGCAACUGAGACAUGGUUCAAACAACACAAAUUUAAAUUUCAAUCAAGUUCAGCCUGGCUCAAAUAGAAAAGAUCAGUAUGGAUCCAAAAACCUGGAAUCUGGUAAAGAUCAUGUAAAAGUUAAAGCAGAAGCUAUUGAGCAAUACUACCAAGCUAGCAGAUCCCAAGAUCAGCAUGGUUAUCAAGAGCAGAAAAUCAACAGCAACCUUCCCAUUUUAAACCCUAACCACAUGACACAGGGAAGGUCAACCCCACAAAGUCUAGUAAACCAGAAUAGAUACUUACCACAAAGUAAUUCUGCUGCUCAGCAUUUGCGAGAUCAAACAGGAUACCAUCCUCAGUUCGCAAAUCAGAUAAAUUGUAUUCCAAAGCAUGCUGCUCUAAGACAUCAUUUACUUCAGCGCAGGGAGCAAACCAAACUUGAAAUUUCCCCGCCACGUGGAUCUGUCAAAGUGGAGAACAGCUCACAGUCUGUCUGCAUGCGAACACCCAAUGAAAGCAAAACAGGGAAAAAAACAAUCAAACCACAGAAUCAGCAAUUUCAACACCUACAACAAAGGAGUAUUCUUGAAACAAUGGAACAACAACUGAAACAGUAUCCGAGUAAAUCAUUGUUUCACCAUCAUGUGUCUACCAUUAAAUCGUCCAAGAACAUGAAGGUGGAGUCCUCAGGCCCCGUUACAAUUCUGACUACACACACUAACUCUUCAACACUAGACCAUCCACAAGAAAAAACCCCAACGAAAAGAGCAGCAGGAUCUGCUCUGAAUAAUUUUUUAGAAUCCCCUACAAAUCUCCUAGGAACCCCUAUUAAAAAUCUAUUGGAUACGCCUGUGAAAACUCAGUAUGAUUUUCCAUCAUGUAGCUGUGUAGAUCAAAUCAUAGAAAAAGAUGAAGGACCAUAUUACACACAUCUUGGUGCUGGACCGAAUGUGGCAGCUAUUAGAGAGAUUUUGGAAGAGAGGUUUGGUGAGAAGGGCAAGGCCAUUAGGAUCGAAAAAGUUAUAUAUACAGGGAAAGAAGGAAAGAGCUCUCAGGGAUGUCCAAUUGCAAAAUGGGUCAUUCGUCGAAGUGGACUUGAGGAGAAAAUGCUGUGUUUGGUGCGAGAACGAGCAGGUCACUCCUGUGAAACUGCUGUAAUAGUGAUUUUGAUCCUGGUUUGGGAAGGCAUAUCAACAACCUUAGCAGAUAAGAUGUACACUGAACUCACCGAAACGAUUCGGAAGUAUGGAACCUUGACAAACAGACGUUGUGCUCUUAAUGAAGAGCGUACCUGUGCAUGCCAGGGGCUGGACCCUGAUACCUGUGGUGCCUCGUUUUCUUUUGGGUGCUCUUGGAGUAUGUACUACAAUGGGUGCAAGUUUGCUAGAAGUAAAAUACCCAGAAAGUUCAAACUUCUUUGUGAUGACCCAAGAGAGGAAGAGAAAUUGGAAGACAGUCUUCAGAACUUGUCAACCAUGAUAGCACCAAUCUACAAGAAGCUUGCACCAGAUGCCUAUAAUAACCAGAUAGAGCAUGAGCACAGGGCCCCAGAUUGCCGACUUGGCAAAAAGGAAGGUCGCCCUUUCUCAGGAGUUACCGCUUGUUUGGACUUUUGCGCUCAUUCCCACAGAGAUCUGCACAAUAUGCAAAAUGGCAGCACACUGGUUUGCACUUUGACCAGAGAAGACAAUCGUGAAACUGGGAAAAUUCCCCAGGAUGAGCAGCUGCACGUUUUACCUCUUUAUAAAGUCUCUAAUGUGGAUGAAUUUGGCAGCACAGAGGCGCAGGAAGAGAAGAAAAGAACAGGUGCUAUCCAGGUCCUAAAUUCUUUUCGCAGGCAAGUGAGAAUGCUGGCAGCGCCCGUGAAAACCUGUCGGCAAAAGAAGAUGGAAGCCAAGAAGGCAGCAGCUGAAAAACUCUCAAACUCAGAAAAUGGCCCAGGCAAAGGAGAAAAAGAGAAAUCUUCUCGUUACAAGAAUGCACAUUCUGAAAUAGCUAACCAUGAAAAACAGCUUGCAGAUCUUUUGCGAAUUUCAGGACAAACCAUGCAACCGGGCUCCAUUCCUAAUAUUGGCCACGCAGACCCCAUUAAUUCAUUUCCUACAGCAGAUCAAAACAACCCUUAUGCAAGAAUCACUAACCUGGCCAACCCUUAUCAGAAUGCCUCCACCAAUUUCCCAAGCUCUAAUCACAUGGAUCUUUUUCAUGCUCCUCCAAACUCAGCAGUUUCCUGUGCCUCCACACCAAUGAACCCUUACCAAGGAUCUUUAAAUCAAAGUAGUCCAUGUCCUCCGUAUCCAUGUAAUGGAAAUAUUCCAAUGGAAAAUUGUCCUCCAUAUCUAAGUCAUUAUCCUCCACCUCAACAGCAUAUGUUUUACAGGUUUAAAAACCAAGAUCCAGCGGCUAAUUUAAGCAUGCCUCCAGUUCAGUCCUUGUACCAGCAGAGGUUUGCAAACAAAUAUAUGAAUUAUGGAAACCAAAGCACACAAGUUGAAGAUUUUAAUAGCUGCAAUCUGAAACCAAACUCUGACCCCAUGGGAUCAUUUAACCCUUACCCUGUGCAUCAAGGAGAUAAUCACUUGAUUGAAGGUGUCUCAAAGCAAAACCCCAACCUUAGUAAUGCUGAUUACAAUUCUCUAAGUAAGAAUGGUGAUUACCCUCUUCCACACUCCUUCCGGGCUCAUGAAACCAAUGCAUCCAUGGGAGGCAGAGCAGGCCCUCUGCACCUUCAUGGUAAAAAUAGUGACAUGCAUUCACAUGUAAUGAAUGGGAUACCUGAAAUGCUUCCAAGUCUUAAUGAUGACAGAACUGCAAUGGGAGGUCUCAGUCGAGUUAAUGGUGCUAAUGUUCAGGAAAAACUACCACAGGCCUCAGCAACUUUCCAAGAAGACCCACAAGAAGUGUGGUCAGACAGUGAACAAAGCUUUCUAGAUCCUGAUAUAGGAGGUGUGGCAGUGGCCCCAACUCAUGGUUCAAUUCUCAUUGAAUGUGCAAAGCGUGAGCUCCACGCAACAACCCCUUUAAAAAAUCCAAAUAGGAAUCACCCUACUAGGAUAUCAUUAGUGUUUUAUCAACAUAAAAGCAUGAAUGAGCCAAAGCAUGGCUUAGCAUUGUGGGAAGCAAAGAUGGCAGGCAAAGCCAGGGAAAAAGAAGAGGACUGUGAAAGGUAUGGUCCAGAUUAUGUUGCUCCAAAAUCUUACAAUAAAAAGGCUAAACGGGAACCUGUUGAACCAACCCAUGAGCCUGCUGAACCAACUUAUCUACGUUUCAUCAAAACGCUCACACAGAGGACAAUGUCAAUGACCACAGACACACAAGUCACCACAUCUCCAUACGCCUUAACACGGGUUACAGGUCCUUACAACAGAUACAUGUAGUCUGUUGGGUUACCUCACAUAUUUCAGAUUGGUGCACCAUUUUCUGAUAGGCUUGUUCAUUCAUUCAUUGGUUGUGUGGAAUGCUGUGUGUGACUGAGAGGGGACAGUAUUUAGCUAAACAUAAAUGUGAUCUAUGGGAGAGAAUACCAGCAAAACCAAGAAAAGUUAUCGGCACCAUCAUAUAUAUCUUCUCUGACUAACAGGUCACAGAGUAUGUCAAAGAAUACAAUCACCCUAUGCAAAGGUGUUCAACAGAUAUCAACAGGUUUACUGGAUGAAGAAAAAUAGUAUUUUUUAUCUUUGACCAUACAGCAUUGUACAUCUUUGACCACUUUUAUAUUAAAAAAUGUCAGUAGGAGCCAGAGAUAAAUUUGCUGUAGUAUAACAACAUCAGGAAUCUUACAAAGACCUUGCGGUGCUGACUUCUUAAUGUGCUAAAUGAUACUGGAAUUGCAAUUUUUUUUUAACCUACGUUAUAAUAGCUUAAUAGUGACCUCCAGUGUACUGAAGUGAUGUAGAUACACAGAUCAUUGUUUUAAAGAAAACACUGAAAAAAUUUGGACAUUUAGAAAAAUUGGUGCUAUCAUAUGGGUCUCUAUGAAUGCUUAAUGCCUUGAAAGAUUAAUAUCAUUUAAUGAGCAUACAUAAAUUAAACACAUUUUAAAAAUGAGAGAAAAAGUACACCUUUACAUACAUUUUAUUGGUUUGUUUUAUAUAUAUUCUGUCACAUACUAAUUUACAAUUCAUAACAUUUAAUGAUCACAAAUGAAAGUCUACUAUAUAACCCACUAUAUCCUGCAUUGCAUAAAUUAUUUGUAUAUACUAUGUUUUUUUUCUUAAAUUAAUCAGAAGGAAGGUUUAUUCCUUAAAGAAGCACUUCUGCAAAAAAUAUCUGGCUCGUUGGAUGGCACAUGAUGUAAGCUGUAAUGAAAGGAAAUACUUUUACUGGUGGCUGAACCACUCUGUUCUGGUCCUCUGCUGUAUCAUGUGAUCAAAAUUCGGACUCUCCAACUGACACAGUAUCUUACGGUCUGGACAGGAAGGCCACUCUGUUCAUUCACAGUCUUAAAGGAAUGAGUAGAGAAACUGACUUCCUGUCUACACAGUAGACUGUAUCAGUUGAAGAGUUGGUCACACGACACAGCAGAGGACCAGAAGGGAGAGGAUAACUCACAAAUACAGCCACCAGUAAGAGGAUUACUUGCACUACAAUUUAGAUCAUGCACCUUUCUAAUGGGACAGAGAAUAAAACAUUUUGUAGGAGUGCUUCUUUAAAGUAUUCUUUGGUGCUAACCUAAGCCAAAUACACAACAGUACAAAAAAAAAUGUAUUGUUCUUGUGUUCAUAUAGGAGUAAUAUGAUUCUUAGCAUGAGAAGUUUUAGAGCAGAUUGUUCCUAAUCUAAUGCAAAAUAUAUAUAUACAACACGACGUCAUCCAUAUUUUUUGCAGAUCCACGUUUUGCAGACUGCAAAAUACAUAUGGUCAUGUAAAUGCACCCUAAAGAUUAUUCUGAUUAAUAUGUUAAUAUUAUGAAUUUAUUUAUUUAAUGAUGCACAUGCCUAAUUUCAGAGUAGCUGUACUUUUAGGGCAGUUUCGUCUUUAGCUAAAGGUAAAAGAAAUAAUGGAGAAAUAUACUAAAACUGACAUUUUAUACACCUGUCUUAGUAUACUCUCCUCUGGUACAGGAUGCACCAGAAGCUAAAAUCUACUCCAUGUAAGAGAUGGGGUAGAUUUCAGGUUUAACUUACACCAGUUUUCCAGCGUAGGUUAUAUUAAAACCACACCCUCCUGUCCAAGCCCUGCCAACUUUUUAGAAAAGAGUUGAGCGUGGCAUAAAGUGGGGAAUAGGUGUCAAUCUUUGUGCAAAAUAGGUCUUGUACAAAAAUGUGCAACCAUAAAACUGGUGUAAAAUCAUUAAUAAAUUCUCCAUACAGAUUAUUUUAAUUGGUUUUUUUAAUCCUAAGUUAACCACACUAUUUACAUUACUAGAACUUUGGUUUUAAUGUGGUGAUA